GAUGGACUGAUGAGUGGAACAUUUAAAGGAAUAUCUGGAGUUAACCUAAUAUUAAACAGUUUAAUUUAGAAAGAAUUCAGCACCUGUUAAGCUGUUAUAUCUGUAUUAUGGAUAAUUUAUUGAAUACAAAUUUUGGAAUACAUUUUGUUCAACACAAUGUAUUUUUACCAGCUUUAUGUAGAACAAAAUAUAUUUUAAAAAAUCUACAUUUUUAUUAAGAAAUACUGGAAACUUUAGAUUGUUGUAAAACUUUUGACUCUUCGUGUGUGUGUCUGUUUUUAUUUAUUUAUUUUUUUGUGGCUACAAUGUAUAAAAAAUAUACAUAGACGCAGAUUGCCGUUGACGCGAGUAAGCAGAGCUACGUGCGCGCUCCGCCUCUCUGACGUCACUGCCUCCUGAUCAGCCGAAAUCCCUGAUAACGCGGCGCGCUCCCGCUCGGCUCUGAAUGGGGGCUCAGUCCAGCCGGUGACAGCUCGUCCAGCUCCACAGACGCCACGGUCUGCUCCUCCGCGCCGCCGCUCUCAGACUCCCCGGCAGCCCACUGCCCUGCUUCUCCGGUACCACACUGUCAUUCAGGAAUGAGAAAUGAUGGCCGGCUCUGCAGCAGAGGAGAAAACCUUCCGACGGUUCUUGGAGCUCUUUAUCCGGGAGAUGAGGAUGCCUCUGCAGGAGAGCGACCCGGUGCCGUUGCGCCCUUUAUCGGACCUGGUGUCUGAGGACGAAAUAGAAGGAGAAUGCCUCGACCUUUGCCUCCAGCACCUCUACAAAUACAACUGUCCCUGCUCGCUGGCGGCCGCCUUAGCCAGAGCCACCGCAGACAGCAUCCUUCAGACUGACCUCUCCAUUCACCACCUCAACAAGACUGUAGAAGACGGAGCUGACCCAUUACCACAGAUCGAAGCAGUGACGGUGGCCCGGCUGGUGUUUAAUAUACUGUUUGAGCAGUGCUGCCUCUGGCUGAAGGAGCUCCCCUUCCAUCGCCGCCCGCUGCCGUACUACGAAACGUCCAUUCACGCCAUCAAAAACAUGAGGCGCAAGAUGGAGGACAAACACGUCAUCAUCCCAGACUUCAACACACUCUUCAACAUUCAGGAUCAGGAGGAGCAGGCUUUCUUUGCUGUGUUUGAUGGUCACGGUGGUGUAGAUGCCGCUAUUUACGCCGCCAACCAUCUGCACGUCAACUUAGUUCACCAAGAAUCGUUCAACCAGGAUCCCAUCGAGGCGCUUUGCAGAGCCUUCAAGGUCACCGAUGAGCGCUUUGUGAAGAAGGCCUCACGGGAGAAACUACGCUGUGGGACCACAGGAGUGGUGACAUUUCUGCGGGGCCGGACGUUGUAUGUAGCCUGGCUGGGAGACUCUCAGGCCAUUCUGGUUCGAAAAGGGCAGGUGGUGGAGCUGAUGAAGCCUCAUAAACCAGACAGAGAGGAUGAGAAAAAGAGGAUUGAAGCUCUGGGAGGAUGUGUGAUCUGGUUUGGCACAUGGAGGGUCAACGGCAGUCUUUCUGUAUCCAGAGCAAUAGGGGACUCCGAGCACAAACCCUACAUCUGCGGUGAUGCAGACCACAGUGUCUUCCCUCUAGACGGUUCUGAAGAUUACCUGAUUCUGGCCUGCGACGGCUUCUGGGACACCGUGAGUCCAGAGGAGGCGGUGCGGGUAGUCAGCGACCAUCUCCAGGAGAACAGCGGAGACACCACCAUGGUCGCACACAAGCUGGUGGCCUCGGCCCGAGACGCCGGGUCUAGCGAUAACAUAACUGUCAUAGUAGUCUUCUUGCGGGACCCCCGCUCCCCACCUCCCACGAGCACAGAGGAGGAGGAGGAAGCUAUGGUGGAGGGACAAGCGGAGGAGGAAGAGGUAACGGAGGUGGAGGAAGAGGAGCAAGAAGAGGAAGAGGAGGAGGAAGAUGAAACGGUUAGAGCCGAGCGGGAUGGUGGGGAGGGGGGCAGCACUGCAGACAUUGGGGGGAAGAGCCGCGGAGGCUGGCCCCUGCAGCAGUGCUCAGCUCCAGCGGACCUCGGCUACGAAGACCGAAAUGACUCGUUCACGGACAGAACUAGCCUCAGCUUGCUGGGGCCGUCGCUGGAGGGCCGCAUCUCCCUGACGCGAAGAAAGGCCUGCUUCAACUUUAGUCCUGACCUCUUCACAACCUCUCACUUGUAUCGCGAAGAGCGCCCGCUGGGGCGCAGGUCAAAUAUUCUUUUUCAGGAGCCUGGCAUCUCCGGCUUCACGGACCCACUGUGGCCCCAGACAGCCAUGCUGUUAAGCAAAGCAGUGAGGCGGAGCCACAGGCGCGGUGGCCACGGUUGUCGCCGGUGGGGCCGAAGGUGGCCGAGCAAAUCCAGGGAGCUUCUAGGCCUGAUACCACCCAGCCAAAUGCAGUGCUACUCCACCUGGAGGCCUGGAGUGGCAGUGCCUCACCUGCCCCCUGAUUCCACCAUCUGAAGGGGUGGUCCAAACCAAAUCAUCUCAGUCCUUUUGCCCCCUUAGCCAAGCCCCCUGGGCCUUUAACAACACAUCUUUCUUUGAUAGUAGGUAGUUGUUGCUCCUGCAGUAAUUAUGUGGUUUUAAUCUAUCGCUGUGUCCAAACUAAGAGGCUGCAUCCUCCGUGGAGUUGUGUUUAAAACGUGGGUAUCAAAUUCUGUUGUAUUCUUUAUUUUGAGCAGUAACGGCUGCAGUGGGGUAACUACGAAAGUGCAGCCUAUUCAAAAAUUAUUUGAGAUGAAAGAAUGAAAACAGCUGAGGCUAGAGAGGAAACGGGUCAGACUUGUGGCUGAAUUCAGUUUACGCUUCGUGUUCUUUCUGCGCUUCAGAGAGUACGGCAUUCGGUGCACUCAGGAGUGUGCAGAUGCUUAAUUUGAACACAGCUUCUGUUGGAGGACCGGUACUCCCCGUCCUCAGUUGAAAGCUUUCAAACCUAAGCAGACCCUCAUAUCUCAACCCCCGCUACAUGCUGUUGGUGACGCCCAAACAGAACCCUCUUCCUGCUUGACCAGCUGAUAUCAAGCCAGAGCUGGGAAUGCUGGUUGUGUCGAAAUUGAAUGUAAAAUGAAUUGUAGAGAAGGGUGACACAUUUACUGCUGGCAGUGAAAUUACAGUUUGAUCUGUGUCGGUCAGGGUGAGCAAAACAAAUGAAGUUCCAAUGACAUUUAUAGCUGGACAUUGAGUGGUGUCGUAAGAGAGAAUACUCUAAGUUCUGUCAUUGACCGUGACAGCUCAGGCCUUAGUCACAACUACCCUAACGGAUGGAUACGGGGAAAAAAAUGGAUAAACAUGUACAGGGCACGCAGGUAACGCAUGAAAUAUCAAAGUCACAGACCGCUUUAUGAACCCAUUGAGCAAAAAUGUUAAUGCACAUUUUUUCUAUGGGCAUGCUGCGGGUGAGAGGUUGAAUCGAACAAUUGUACAACACAUAGGGAUAAAGGAUGAUUUCCGUUGACACGAAAGAAAAGAACGUUUAAUAAUCAAUUGGAACUUUUGCACCGUCUCUGUCAUGUCUGCGUCUGACGUCUGAGUUACAGUUCAGUAUCCAAUCCAUCGACUUGUGGCAAAAAGCCAGAGAAGUGGUAAAUUGGCCAGGGUUUCAAACAAAAGCCUUUAAAUGAUUUUAUUUUAUACUUAAGGUGACGUGCCCACGUGAUAACACAUUGUCCAUUUUUGCUCUUGACGUCGAAAAUUAAUUUUUCGAAGUACAAAAACUUAAAAAAAUAUAUAUUUCACGAGGUUUGGAGGGUGAGACAUGGGGCCUGAGUGCCAAAGUUUUGGAUAUUGAUGACAUGAGGGAGUGGGGCAAGAGAAACCACUUCUCUCAAAGUCAGGGGGGGGACGGGGAACGGAUCUGAGACACAACGAACGGGAUGUCAAACCCCAGGCCUCGAGGGCUGGUGUCCUUCAUGUUUCCCAACCAUUGAAGUUCCUUCCUUGCUAAACACAAGAUCAGACAAGGCAGGGUUUCUGGAAAACCAGCAGAAGGUCGGCCCUCCAUUACAUCCCUGUGUAAUGGAGACAACCCAAACGCCAACACAGGCACAGGUCAACCCCUCGUACGGAUAGGUGUGACUAAGGCGUGAGCUACGUUUGCAUUCAGUCUGAAGAGGCGUUCAGCAUUUAAUUUGUACACCUGGUGUUUCCUUCACACUAUUAAACAAAUGUCUCUUAUUUUGGACAGAAGGCAUGCAAAGAAAUUUGCGAGUUGCUCCUUAAAAAAAUAUAUACAUAUUGUUACGAAAGCCAAAAGGUUGUCCUAAUCAGACACCCCCGUGUUGCAAAGCCCUGCAGGGAUUUUCUCCCUUUUAGCCAUAGGAGCAAUAGAAUGGUUGAAAACCUAUUUUUGGCAUUUUGUUUGUCUUUCUGUAUUGUAAUUAAUCUACCAGAUGAUAUAAUAUACAUACAUAUAUAUAUACGUACCCUCCUAGACAUAUCUUGUAGUUGUUCAAAUGUUUAUGAAAAUAAUGGCCAUAAUGAUUACUUUGUGCAGCCUGAUCCUUCUCUAAAACGCACCUGUGGAGGGGAAAACUCAUCGUCUGAAAUUUCAUUGUAGCUUUAUAUUACAGUUAAGAUUUGAAAAUCAUUUUCACUGAUAUUUAGACCAAAAACAACACUAAAAACUCAUGUUUGUGGUGUGGAUCCAUUCAUGCAUCAAGUCUAAAGACAGCCCCUCUUUCCAUACCAGCAGUGAAGGAUUCGUGGUCUCACAAGGGUUUUUGUUUCUUUUCUUUUCCUGUUUUACAUCAUUUUUAGGAAAAACUAACAUAUCAUCCUUUUUAUCACAAACACAGAUAGGAAGACCUUUGAGCUACGCUUUAAUGACCCGUUCUGCUUCUGCAAUCGUUUUGGUAACAGAUUAAUAUAAUUCAUAGCCCUGGUUUUAGGCUCUGGAGGCACAUGCUGUUCUGCCCUUUGUAGUGCAGUCUAUGACUCAGCAAUUACACAACAAUUUGUCCACAGUACAAAGCUCUUUAUGGUUGAAUAAUAAAAUAUUAGAAUUCACUUACCUGAGUCAAUUCUUUAGAUAGUUCAGUGGUCCAGAUGGGGACAGAAACUCUGAGUCUUAGUGGGUUAUGAGGAGAAUAGAAAUCUAAAAUGUUGGUGUUGUGGCACAAUUUAUGAUGUAUUUCCAAAAAAUACUCGGUUUCUAGAAAAGCUAAAAUGAAAAAAAAUGAGUGCCUUUCGUUUGUUUUGUAACACCCCCUCCUUGCUGCCCUCACACUUUUUUUUGUCACUCUAUGGAAACCUAAAUGUGGGAUUUAACAAGCUUUUUUUGUUAGUAGAUUUUUGUUUUAAGGCAUAGAAAUUCAAAGCAAAAGUUCAAUAUUUUGAAAAAUGCUGCAAAAAUUUAAAAUAAAUCAGGGCGAAUAACUCAACUCAGUCUGGAUCCACAAAUACUACUAGCCAGUGUUUUAACCUACUAAUUUAUAUAACAUGUCAUUGUUAGCAUUUGUAUUUUGAAAUAUUUUUUUUGUUUGCAGAUUUUAAAAUGACACGGCUAAAACAAAUAUUUAAGGCUGUAAAUUUUUUAUCAAAAUAAAAAGGAAACUGUACAAAUAUUCCAUCUAUCUCAUUAAAUUAAUUAAAGUGGGAUCUGUUAUACAACAUUUUCAGAACAAUAUUUAAUAUAUUAUUGUGGUACAAUUGGCGUUAAACAUAACUUUUAGUGCUUAUAAAAAUAUGGAAAUUUUUGUGCGACACUGAAGCCUUAAAGCGGAAGAAAAAUAGCAUGUGACAGUGUCCGGCUCUCUGAUUGGUUACUCCUGGUGGAAGUAUCCGUGAGACCAACACAUGCGCUGCAGCAGAAACAUAGAAUAAUCGGUUAAUAAUCAUAUUUAUUAAGCUCCAACAUGAUAAAAAAAACUUUAAUUUAUUUGUAAGAACACUAUUCCUACCUGAGGAAUACAUAUAUAAUUUUAAAAAAUGCCACAGCUAAUAGAAAACUACAACAAAAAAAUAGCAUUAGCCACAUUUUAUUCAUAAAGAACAUUUGUUAGCUUGCAGCCAAAUCCAAAAUCUUAAAUUUAAGGGGUUGAGAUCAAUGCACAGGACGCCUUAUUAUUAUGCAGCAAUAAAACAGAUAAUAUAUUAAAUUUUUAAGUUAACCACAAAUUAGUUUUCAAGGAGUUUGAAUGGUUCUGCUUUGAGCUGAUUGCAACAGAAGAAAAAUAAUUUACUAAUUUAAUACAGCUGCAUUAAAAAAUAAUAAUAAUAAUAAUAAAUAUUGACUCGCACCGGCAAAAAAAAGGUGCUUAAAAGACAACAUUUGAUAUGAAGUUUGGCUUUUAAAGCUACACAAUCAAAAUUAGUUUCAAAUUGUGGGUAACGUACAACCUUUUUCAUUUACUUUUCACUGUAGCAUAGGGUCCAACAAGUGCAGAUUUAUGCUGACGAUAGUCUAUUUCUAUUUUUUUUAAUAAAACAAAGACUGCACUGAUAGGCAGAAAGGAAAAGGUUCGAUUUGUGCAUUUGGAGGACCUACAGCCAGGAAAAUUUGAUUUCCAUACAAAGCCAUUUUUUCAGUGACUAAUUUUUCCCUUUUUUAUGGCUUUAUCUUGUAGCUUUGAAAGAACUAUCAUAAAGAUUUGGAGCAUUAAGGCCUAGAAGUAAUUUCAGUGGGACAAUAGUAGUUCUCUUCCCUCUUUGGUGUCAAUAAGUGCCAACUUCAACGCUUUAUCAAGAAACAAUCUCAGAAUCUUGAGUCAAGUUAGUUUUCUCCCUUAUAAUAGGAUUUCCCACCAACAGAAUCAGAUUACUUGCACUUUAACCUGCGAUGUGGUUUGUUCAGAAUGAACACUUUGACAAUUACCUCAUUUGUGCUGGUAAUUUUAUUUUUUUUAACUGUGGCCAAACCUUUCUGGUAUUCCAACGAGCAUUUUCCCUAUAUCUUUUUCCUCUUCCUCUCUUGCUGUUGAUAUCCUAAAAUUAUCAAGCGAAAACCUUGUGGACUUACUAUGAAAGAGCGUCACUGGAGCAGAAUGUACCUCAUGUCCUAGAAUGUGGUGAAUUAGGUCAUCAGGAGUUUGUGCGUUUCCUUUUUCUUUUCUGUCCGUUUUAAUGAAGACUCAUAUUUUAAGGGGUGCUAUAAGGAAUGUUCUCUAAAACGAAAAAGCCACCGGAUCUUUUUGUGGAAUUAUUCCCACAAUGUCUGGAAAAAAAAAAAAAAAAA